AGACCUUAAAAAAAAAAAAAAAAAAAGACCUGCCAGUCAUUCCUCUAACUAAUCCUUUAGCUCCGCCCCAUCCUUUGCCAGGUGAGGCAGAGGGGUCUGGUGGCAAGGACGCUGGAUGUGGCGGAGUAGGAACCCAGUCCCAACGCCACAACCUCGCUGGGUAUCCCUGGGCAAGUCUCCUCCCCACUCUGAGCCUUAGUUUUCUGUCUGCAAAAUGGGUUAAUAGUGUCUUCCUGGCCUCCCUCCAGGAGCUGCUGUGUGCGGGUGGAAUGCGAAGACCCCUGUGAAAGCUUUGUCCACUCUGCGGCGUGCGGCACCCAGCGCGGAACCGUCCUAAUGGGAUGCUGAGGUCCAGGGGACGCCCACGGUUUUCCCACCGCGGCCGGCCUAACUGUGCCGCAGCAGCUGCUCCUGGGGCCUGGGGGCCGGGCCCCACAGCCGCCCGGGCCCGCCCUCCGCCGCCCGGCCCCCGACUCCGCCCCGGCCCGCCCGGCCCCAGGGGACGGCCCCCGCCUCCCGCCCUCUUCCCUCUUCUGGAGGAAAAUGGCGGCCGCUGGAGCCGCCGACAGAGGGGCUUGGGAGUCGGUACCUUUCCCGACUGGCCCGCUGGAAGUUGGAGCCUCCGCCGAGUCGCAGACAACGCCUCUCGGGGGCCUUCCUGAUGCACCUGCCUGCUCCCUGGUCUCGCUGCAUGGGGAAGGAGAGUUCCCAGCUUGCAAACUCCAGCUUUGCCUGUGAGAGGAACAAGCAUCCCUGAUCCAGAAGGUGUUCGGAUGGAGAUGGCGAGUUCUGCUGGCUCCUGGCUCUCUGGCUGCCUCAUUCCUCUCCUCUUCCUCCGGCUGUCUGUGCAUGUGUCAGGCCGCGCAGGGGAUGCCAGCAAGUUCCACAUGGCCUUACUAGGGGGCACAGCCGAGCUGCUCUGUCCUCUCUCCCUCUGGCCUGGGACGGUGCCCAAGGAGGUGAGGUGGCUGCGGUCCCCAUUCCCGCAGCGCUCCCAGGUUGUUCACAUGUUCCGGGAUGGGAAGGACCAGGAUGAAGAUGUGAUACCGGAAUAUAAGGGGAGGACGGUGCUGGUGAGAGAUGCCCAAGAGGGAAGUGUCACUCUGCAGAUCCUUGACGUGCGCCUUGAGGACCAAGGGUCUUACCGAUGUAUGAUCCAGGUUGGAAAUCUGAGUAAAGAGGACACCGUGAUCCUGCAGGUUGCAGCCCCAUCUGUGGGGAGUCUCUCCCCCUCAGCAGUGGCUCUGGCUGUGAUCCUGCCUGUCCUGGUACUUCUCAUCAUUGCGUGUCUUUGCCUUAUCUGGAAGCAAAGAAGAUCAAAAGAGAAACUUCUCUAUGAACAUGUGACGGAGGUGGACAAUCUUCUUUCAGAGCAUGCUAAAGAAAAAGGAAAACUCCAUAAAGCUCUCAAGAAACUCCGGCGUGAACUGAAGCUGAAAAGAGCUGCAGCAAACUCAGGCUGGAGAAGAGCCCGGUUGCAUUUUGUGGCAGUGACCCUGGACCCAGAAACAGCACAUCCCAAACUCAUCCUUUCUGACGACCAAAGAUGUGUAAGGCUUGGAGACAGAAGGCAGCCUGUACCUGACAACCCCCAGAGAUUUGAUUUCGUCGUCAGCAUCCUAGGCUCUGAGUACUUCACAACUGGCUGCCACUACUGGGAGGUGUAUGUGGGAGACAAGACCAAAUGGAUUCUUGGGGUAUGUAGUGAGUCAGUGAGCAGGAAGGGGAAGGUUACUGCCUCACCUGCCAAUGGACACUGGCUUCUGCGACAGAGUCGUGGGAAUGAGUAUGAAGCUCUCACAUCGCCGCAGACCUCCUUCCGCCUUAAAGAGCCUCCACAGUGUGUGGGGAUUUUCCUGGACUAUGAAGCAGGAGUCAUCUCUUUCUAUAAUGUGACCGACAAGUCCCACAUCUUUACUUUCACCCACAGUUUCUCUGGCCCCCUUCGCCCUUUCUUUGAACCUUGCCUUCACGAUGGAGGAAAAAACACGGCACCUCUAGUCAUUUGUUCAGAACUACACAAAUCAGAGGAAUCAAUUGUCCCCAAGCCAGAAGGGAAAGGCCAUGCUAAUGGAGAUGUGUCCCUGAAGGUGAACUCUUCCUUACUACCCCCGAAGGGCCCAGAGCUGAAGGAUAUAAUCCUGUCCUUGCCCUCUGACCUUGGCCCAGCCCUUCAGGGGCUCAAGGUUCCUUCUUUUUAGGGAUAUGCCACAUUACCUGCUCCCAUCACCACCCAGCCCAGCACCCUGGACUUCAGUCUCCUGGUCCAACCCCAUGAUUCUGGAACGUCUCUUCUCCUUAACCCAAUCCAGACCCUUUUGUGGUUUCUAUUUGUACCACUUUUCUCCCAGAACUCAGUUCUGAAGCUUGCCUUUCUUCUAAGGAAUUGAAGUUCCCAGUGACCUGAAGGGAGGAUUCCUGGAAACCAAUCAGUUUAGGUGUAGGUGGAGAUGUUGAAUAUGUGUUACCAAGAUAUAGCACAGGUUCAGGGGAAAGAGUUCUCUACUCCAGGGGUUAUUUAGAAGACACUUUCUCUGCCUCAUCCUGCCCUCAAGCUUUAGUCAAGAAGUUAUGGCCCCCAGUCCCUGACUUCUUACCCCAUCAAGGGCUGCUUUUCUCUCUUUCUCUCUCUCAGUUCUGGCCUCUGGCCCCCAAAGUCAGCUUUCUAAAAGCAAGCAUGUUUUAGACCACUCACUCUUUCCCUCUUUCUUCAGGAAUGAGUUGGGGGAGGAGUAAAACACAUCCUUUUCUACUCUCUUAAUGCUGUCUACAAUGUAGUUUGGUGAUAUCCAGCGCUAAUGUACAUGCUUUCAAAAGCUAAUCUGCCUGUUGAUGAUAACUAGGUACAGGGACUUUAAACACAGUUGCUAUAAUCCUGAAAAGCCUCAGGAGCAAUCAGGUUACUGGGAAGCACAGCUGCAGAGAGCUCAGCUGUGUAUUGCCUUCUGACUUUGGCCCAGACCUUCAGAGGCUCAGUCUGUUGAGUCUGUUGUGACUGUCUUAUGAAUCAAUCUUUGUGCCAGCCCUUUCUGAGAUUCAGAGAGGCCCAACUAGAAAAAGUGGCAGUUUUAACCACCAACGUAGAAGCUUUCUUUUUCCCCACAAGACCAUUGUACUGGAAUACUUGACUGUGUAGCAAACAGCCUCUUAGGUUGGAGAGUAUUGACUUCAAAUAGGAAGUUGGUAAACUGGUGUGAGGAUGGAAUAAUGACCUUGAUUUUUGGGUGUGUAUUGCAGAAGCCUAGUCACUUUUAAGUCACACCACAUAAUGAGAUCUGUGGCCUAAUUGUGGAGAUGUUGGUUAUCAGUUUGCAGAUGAAUACAGAGUUCUAUCCAACAGAAACUGUAUCUUUCUGUUUGUCAGAAGUUCUCUGUUAGUUCCUGUAUUAGUCAAGGUUUUCCAGAGAAACAGAAUCAAUAUAUAUGGGGGCAGGGGGGUGGUGGUUAUUAUAAGGAAUUGGCUCACAUGAUUAUGGAGGUGGUUAAAUCCCAAGAUCUGCAGGGUAAGUCAGCAAGAUGGAGUCCCAUGAGAGCUGAUGGUUUAGUUCCAGUCUGAUGGCAGCAGGCUUGACACCAAGGAAGAGCUGAUGUUUAAUUCAAGUCUGAAGGCAGGGAAAAAAAGCUGAUGGCCCUGUCCAAAGGCUAUUAGGCAGGAAGAAUUCUCUUAGUCAGGGCAGAGUUAGCUCUUUUGUUCUAUUCAGGCCUUUAACUGAUUCCAUGAGGCCCACCCACAUUUGGAAGGACAGUCUGCAUUACUCAGUCUACUGAUUUGAAUGUUAAUGUCAUUGAGAAACACCCUCACAGGAACACUCAGAAUAAUGUUUGACCAAAUAACUGGGCAUCUUGUGACCCAGUUAAGUUGAUACAGAAGAUUAACUAUCACAGUGACUCAGUGGAAUUGUUUGCUUUUGUACAGUUUUAAAAUAAAAGUUUGGUAUUUGUGUUUU